GUGUUUUAACAAACUCGACUCUCUUCCAAACACCUUGUGGCUUUCCAGAGGAAGAUCGGCUUUGUUGUGUGAUAAGUGAUCUGAACUGUACCUGUUCCAGGAAAACAAGCAAACAAGCACAACAUGAGCACCCCUGCUGCCGACCAUGAAACUCCAGCCCCUGCUCCCCCCAAUGUCCCUGUGCCAGUGAGUGAGUUGGAAAUCAAACACACUAAGAUCUUCAUAAACAAUGAGUGGCACAACUCCAGCAGCGGCAAACGGUUCCCAACCUAUAACCCUGCCACUUGCGAGAAGAUCUGUGAGGUGGAAGAAGGCGACAAGGUGGAAGUGGACCGGGCAGUAAAAGCAGCUCAGGAGGCUUUUCAGCUUGGUUCCCCAUGGCGCAGAAUGGAUGCUUCUGAAAGAGGAAAGCUUUUGAACAAACUUGCUGAUUUGAUGGAACGGGAUCGUGUUCUAUUAAGUACAAUAGAAUCUAUUGACUCUGGAAAACUCUUUCUCCAUGCAUACUUCGUUGACUUAGAUGGUUCCAUUAAAACACUACGCUACUAUGCUGGCUGGGCUGACAAAAUCCAAGGGCGCAGCAUCCCAGUGGACGGCGAGUUCCUCACAUUUACAAGACAUGAACCUGUUGGCGUGUGUGGACAAAUUAUUCCCUGGAACUUCCCGCUCCUGAUGUUUACUUGGAAACUUGCUCCUGCACUUUGUUGUGGCAAUACUGUAGUUAUCAAGCCAGCAGAGCAAACUCCACUCACUGCACUCUAUAUGGGAUCUUUAAUCAAAGAGGCAGGAUUUCCUCCUGGAGUGGUGAAUAUUGUACCAGGAUAUGGAACUACAGCAGGAGCUGCCAUAGCCAAUCAUAUGGACAUAGAGAAAGUGGCCUUCACUGGUUCAACUGAGGUUGGUAAACUUAUACAGGAGGCAGCAGGAAGGAGUAAUCUAAAGAGAGUAACCCUGGAGCUUGGAGGGAAGAACCCCAACAUCAUAUUCGCUGAUGCAGACUUGGAUUAUGCUGUUCAACAGGCACAUCAUGGCUUGUUCUUCAAUCAGGGACAGUGCUGUUUGGCAGGAUCCAGAAUAUUUGUGGAAGAAUCCAUCUACAAAGAAUUUGUCCGCAAAAGCACUGAGUUAGCCCAAAAGCAUGUAAUAGGAAAUCCUCUACAUGUAUCCGUCACUCAUGGGCCACAGAUUGACAAAGCACAAUAUGAUAAAAUCCUCAAUUUAAUUGAGAGUGGGAAGAAGGAAGGAGCCAAGCUGGAGUGCGGAGGUUUGCCUUGGGGAGAUAAAGGCUUCUACAUUCAGCCUACAGUAUUCUCAGAUGUCACAGAUGAGAUGCGCAUUGCCAAGGAAGAGAUCUUUGGGCCAGUGCAACAGAUCUUCAAGUUUAAAGCAAUAGAUGAAGUUAUUAAGAGAGCCAACAAUACCCAAUAUGGUUUGGUUGCUGCAGUUUUCACCAAAGACAUUAAUAAAGCCAUGACAUUGGCUUCAGCUCUUCAAGCUGGUACUGUUUGGGUUAACUGCUACAAUGCCCUGCACGUUCAGAGUCCUUUUGGUGGAUUUAAAAUGUCUGGAAAUGGUAGAGAAAUGGGAGAAUAUGGUCUCCAGGAAUACACAGAGGUAAAGACGAUCACCAUCAAAAUUCCUCAGAAAAAUUCGUAAGAUGUCCUAAAGCAAAAUACUUAAUGCCUCAAGAUUUAGGAACAGACUGGAUACCACAACAGGAAGAUUUUUAAACGACGACCGUUCAGUGAAUACUGUUUCAUCUGUGUGGUUUCAUAAUCAUGCAGACCAAUGUUUUGAAGCUGCUGUGGCUCACAAAGCUUUAACAAUAAUAUGUGUUAGUAGUAUUCAUCCCAUAGUAUUUAUGUAGCAAAACUCAACAGAAAUGUUUAAAGUUUUACUUGUUUUCAGUUUGAAAUCUUUAUUUCUAGCACUUCUGACUUGUCAUAAAUAAAAGUCUUAUCUCAGCAACUUC